AUGACUUUUCGAAAUCCAAUUGGAAAUUAUCAAAAAGGAUCACCAUCAACAAAUCAAUCACCAGUUAUUCAGCAUCAAAAUUAUACCAGUAAAAUUCUAACAAUAAUCGAAGAUCAAAAUCAAGAAAGAAUUCCAACAUUAAUUCUUAAAUUAAAAAAGGAAACACCAUCUGGUGACAAUAGAAUCAAAAAUUUCUUUCAACGUAGACGUUCAAAAUCUGCAAGCUCAGGUGAUGAAAUUGAACAACAAGUUGAUGCUACUCUGGAAAGUUUUAAACGUGAAAUAAUCAAAAAUAUUAAAGAGUGUCAACAAAUCGUACUUUCAGCAAGACCAAAUCCUGCAAUGUAA